AUGUCGUUCUCGUUGCCAAAGAAUGUUCCCUCGUUCACAGCCGGCCAGCGCGAUCUCGAGAACCAAGCUUGGUCCACAAGAUUCGGACGUCAGCAGAAAGAUCUGCCGUUGUACAAAGACAAGCCAUAUUACUCCAACUCGGCGACGGUAAAACAGCGCCGGAUGGUACGCAAGAAGAGGUUCAUUGUGUUCAUUGUGGCACUGGUGUUCGGAGCAUAUUGGUUCGGGGUGUUCUCGCGGGACGGUGUGAAGCCGCCGGUGAUUGGAGGGAAACCUCCGCUGCAGAGUGCUGCCGAUUGGGAUGCGCGGCGGGAGAAGGUGAAGGCCGUGUUUGUGGAGAGUUGGAUAUCAUACGAGAGAGACGCCUGGGGUUCCGAUAUCUAUGCUCCCAUUAGCAGGAGCGGCCGGCAGAUGGGCAACCAGGGCCUUGGCUGGAUCAUCGUCGACUCCCUCGAUACGCUGAUGAUCAUGAACCUGACUACGGAGCUCUCGCAUGCCCGGAGCUGGGUGGAGCACACCCUUAAUUACGAUCAAAACACGGAUGUGAAUACAUUUGAGACCACAAUUCGUAUGCUCGGAGGGCUACUCUCGGCCCACUACCUGCAAGAGGUACUGCACCUCGUGCCGUCGGAUAAAAACACCGAUAUGUACCUGGAGAAGGCCGCCGGCCUGGCGGACCGACUUAUGGGAGCUUUCGAUUCGCCAUCGGGUAUACCAUAUGCGUCUGUGAACCUGCAUAGCAGUCAAGGGAUCCAGUCUCACACGGACGGAGGUGCAUCGUCGACCGCCGAGGCCACAACGCUGCAGCUCGAGAUGAAGUACCUGGCUAAGCUCACCGGCGAGGCAAUGUACUGGGAGAAGGCUGAGAAGGAAGGAUUGGUGCCCAUCUUCAUCAACGCCGUGACUGGAAAAUUCCAUGGAAGCGAGAUCCGCAUGGGCUCCAGAGGUGACAGCUACUACGAAUAUCUCAUCAAGCAAUACCUCCAAACCAAAAAAACCGAAGACAUCUUCAAAGACAUGUACAACGAGGCAAUGGCGGGCAUGAAAAAGCACCUCCUCGGAAAAUCACACCCGUCCCAUCUUACCUACAUCGCCGAGCUGCCCUCCGGCAUUGGCGGCGCAACCUCCCCCAAGAUGGACCACCUCGUGUGCUUCGUCCCCGGCAUGCUCGCCCUCGGCGCGACCAUGGGGCGGCCCGUCGAGCGCGCGCGCAAAGCCUCGGGCGGCAAAACCUGGGGCGCCCGCGAAGAAGAAGACCUCACGCUCGCGCGCGAGCUGAUGCACACGUGCUACCAGAUGUACGCCGUGACGGAGACGGGACUUGCGCCAGAGAUCGCAUGGUUCAAUGCGGAUCCGCCGGCCGCGGGCAUCGAGGAGGUCGUCGACUACAAGCAGGACAUCAUCAUCAAGCAGCGCGACGCGCACAACCUCCAGCGCCCAGAAACCGUCGAGAGCUUGUUCGUAAUGUGGAGACUCACCGGCGACGAAAUGUACCGCGAGUGGGGCUGGAAGAUCUUUGAGAGCUUUGUGGCACACACUAAGGUCCUGGGCGGAGGGUAUACCUCGCUCGACGACGUGAGAAAGGUCCCCGCACCAGCGAGAGAUAAUAUGGAGAGCUUCUGGCUGGCGGAAACAUUAAAAUACCUCUACCUCCUCUUCUCGCCCGAGGACCUCCUCCCGCUCGACGAGGUGGUAUUCAACACCGAAGCGCAUCCUCUGCCCAUGUUCGACAUGCCGUCACAUUUCAAGAAGGCGAACUGGCGGAAGGAGACGACGGGUGCUGCGGAUCCGGCAGCAGCAGCAGCAGCAGCAGCACCGGUGGUGCCUCCACCAGCCGCAAAGCCAGCCGCCUGA